AGCCGAAAGCUCUUGCUCCCGCUCGUGCUCUCACUCACUUCGACACCUCUGCCGACAACCUCGCACGCCCUUCGCGCUUACGACCACCCCCGUCGACCCCGAGAGUCUCCUCUCGAUGAUAUACGCCGCAUCAACGCGAUAGCCCGAACCAACGGAGGAAGAGAUGGCCGACUUCAGCUAUGCCGACGACCUGGAACUGCAGAGGCUGAACGAUCAAGUGCUCGCAGAUCCAAAUGAGUUCGAGAACUGGGAAAAGUUGGUCCGCGCCGCAGAGACACAAGAAGGAGGCUUGAACCGCAACUCGAGUCCACAAGCCAUUGCUGCGACUCGAGACACAUACGAUCGCUUCCUUGCCCGCUUCCCGCUGUUCUUCGGCUACUGGAAGAAAUAUGCGGACCUCGAGUUCUCUAUCGCGGGGACUGAAUCUGCGGAAAUGGUCUACGAGCGGGGUGUCGCAAGCAUAGGGCUAUCAGUAGAUCUAUGGGCCAACUACUGCGCUUUCAAGGUCGAGACCAGCCACGACGCAGAUGUGAUCAGAGAGUAAGUUGAAGGGCGCCCCUUUCCUUUCCAUGCCCAUAACUCCACAGAGCCACUCGCUCCAAGACAGCGCUAUGCCCCGUGAGGGUUGCUGCACACACGCACUUGAAGUGGUGAGAUAUCCAACCCACAGGCUAGCUGCUAUACGAGUCUCACUUUUAAUCACUCAGACCCGCACUUCACCACCAUUGCGCUCGCACUAUUGCGCUUGCUUCUGCACGAAACGUUUGAUCAUGUUUAUUUGAUGGAGUGAUGGUCAUGGUUCGGGUUGGGAGUUCCAGCUCCAUCAUCAUUAUGCUUUACGAGCGCGCCGCAGACAGCGUUGGGCUGGACUUCCUGGCACAUCCUUUCUGGGACAAGUACCUGGAAUUCGAGGAGCGACUGGACUCUCACGACCGCAUUUUCGCGAUUCUGGGUCGCAUAGUUCAUCUUCCACUCCACCAGUAUGCUCGCUAUUUCGAGCGAUAUCGCACAAUGGCAGCACAACGACCAAUCGCUGAUGUUGCGCCGGAAGACGUCGUAGCUCGUCUCCAAGCGGACAUUGCACGAGAAAGCGCUGAGAAGCCGCGGAAUCCAGCAGAAGUCGAGCGCGAAUUGCGCACACGCAUUGAUGCAUAUCAUCUGGAGAUCUUCCAACGCACACAAACUGAGACCACAAAACGCUGGACAUACGAACAGAACAUCAAGCGACCGUAUUACCACGUUACCGAGCUUGACGAGGAGCAGCUCGACAAUUGGAGAAAGUACCUGGACUUUGAGGAAACAGAGGGCGAUUACGAACGCACAAAAUUCCUCUACGAGCGAUGCCUGGUGACAUGCGCUAAUUACGAAGAGUUCUGGUUUCGGUACGCACGAUGGACUAUGGCGCAAACAUCGAUCACGAAGGAAGUGCGGAACGAGGAAGUGCGAAUCAUCUACAGCCGCGCGAGCUGUACUUAUGUCGCAAUCUCUCAGCCGAACAUACGGCUGCACUAUGCCCGAUUCGAGGAGUCUAUCGGCAAAGCAGACACUGCGAUUGCCAUUCACGAGGCAAUACUGGCCACUGCUCCCGGCGACUUGGAGACCAUCAUUUCGCUGGCCAACACGCAUAGACGCCAGUACGGCGUUGAUGCUGCUGUCGCUGUUCUCAAUGAGCACAUCAGCAGCUCCGAGUACAACCCAUCCAUUCGUGGCGCACUUGUGGCCGAGUUGGCCCGCUUCCUAUGGAAGGUCAAAGGCGAUGUUGAUGAGGCUCGCAAGACCUUCCAGAAGCAGCAGCAGUGGUUUUCAGAUUCGAGCGAUUUCUGGCGAGCAUUCUUCGAUUUCGAACUCAACCAGCCCACAUCAUCAAAAGAAGAACCUUCACGGCACAAGCGUAUCAAAGCUGUGUUUGACGACAUUCGGCACAAGGCGCACUUGCCAGCGCAGGACCUCGCUGAGAUGUCUGGGAAGUACUUCGAUCACCUGCUAGAUCGCGGCGACUCAGACGCGAUGCAGGAGUACAUUGAGCUGGACAUCGCGCUGAAUGGACCCUCCAGUGUUGCAGUGGCUAGUAAGCAGAAGACCCCUGGAAAGGGCGCAGCCCAGGCGAAUGGUUCUUAGGUACGAUCACGCCCAUAGGGAGGCCGUCGAGAUUCUGGAUCUGGCGAACGCAGUCCGUAUGGCUUUUCGUUUUCGAGACUCUUCGCAGCUUGUACAAGCGUCUCGACAUUGCGCUAUGCAUUGAGUGUAUCGCGGGCAGCAGCAACGCGCCAGCUGAGAAUGUAAGAUACCCGGGAAUUCAGCUUGGCAAUCUAGUAAUGCGGCAGCUACUUGCGCUUCAAAUAGAUUAUCGUUUGAACAAUCGAUUGUUUCAAAGCAUUGUCUUCCUUCCAUCGACCAUUCCGCAAUUCAGUAUUCUCUGUUGCGUCUAUGCCCCACUGACUGUGAUCUGGC